UUAUUUCAUUGUCCUUCAAAGUCAGCAAGGUGAGCUGAAGCGAACUCUGCACCAGUUGAACCAGUAAGCGACUCUCUGAUGGGCUUCAAUGAUGCACAGUGAAGAUAUCAGCUUUUCCUGAGCAAAUAAGUGCUGCGUCACACAAACACCGGUGGUUCCCCUGCAGUGCGAGAGAGCAGCGAUGGGACUGGAAACAGAGAGAGAGAAGGGGGGCAGAGGGAGGUGAGUGCUGCUGCAGAGCAACGUUUAGCCUGGCUGAGGAGUUAAACGUUUCACAGCGGCACAUCUGCUUCAUCCAGGCAUUAAUCCUGUUGUGAUAGCCAUGUUCUCCAGGCAGCUUCGACCUCUGAUCUUUGGGGAAAUGUCCUUUGCUGUGUUCAUCCUCACCUCUGCCCUCACAGUGUCUUCUCUAACCGCUGACACAGAGAAGGGAAGGAGGAAAGUGGUGCAUGUUCUCGAGGACGACACCGGAGCUGUGAUUGUGCAGACAGCUCCAGGAAAGGUGGUGACACAUCGCGGUGGCUCCAUCACUCUGCCCUGCAGAUUCCAUCAUGAGCCUGAGAACACUGAUCCUGCUCGCAUUCGGAUUAAAUGGACCAAAGUGACAGAUGCACUGCAGUUUGAGGACGUCUUUGUGGCGCUGGGAAGGCAGCAGCGGGUGUUUGGAUCGUACCGAGGACGAGUGUUUUUGGAGCAGGCGGGACCAGGUGACGCCUCAGUCAUCAUCCAGAACGUCACGCUGGAGGACUACGGACGCUACGAGUGUGAGGUCACUAAUGACAUGGAGGACGAUACAGGAUUUGUCAACCUUGACUUAGAAGGAGUGGUCUUUCCCUACUACCCCCGUGAGGGGCGCUACAAGCUCAACUACCACCAGGCUGAGGACGCCUGCAAACAGCAGGACGCCAUCCUGGCUUCUCAUUCUCAGCUGCACAAGGCCUGGCUGGAAGGAUUGGAUUGGUGUAAUGCUGGCUGGCUGGAGGACGGCUCGGUCCAGUACCCAAUCUCUCAUCCCAGAGAUCAGUGCGGCCGCAAAGACACCCCGGCUGGUGUCCGUAACUAUGGCUACAGGCACAAAGAGGACGAGCGCUAUGAUGCUUUCUGCUUCACUUCCAAGCUCAAUGGCAAAGUGUACUUCCUCAAACGCUUUAAGAAGGUGAACUAUGUGGAGGCGAUGAAGGCGUGCAUUCGAGAUGGCUCAGUGGUGGCCAAAGUGGGUCAGCUGUACGCAGCAUGGAAGUUUCAGCUACUGGACCGCUGUGAAGCCGGCUGGCUGGAGGACGGCAGCAUCCGGUACCCCAUCGUCAACCCCCGUUCUCGCUGUGGAGGAUCCCAGCCAGGAGUCCGACACCUGGGCUUCCCUGAUAAAAAAUUCCGCCUCUAUGGGGUCUACUGCUUCCGCGAGAACAAGGACGAAACCGCAGGUGGUACCGGGAUGACAAAACGCCCUGCAGAUAGUCUGACAAGGAGGAAGAGCAGCAACAGCAUCCCCAUGAAUGCCACAAGGGUGAUUUAAAGUGAAAAGACUGAGAACAGGAGAGGGGAUGCAAUUUUAGAUUUGACUGCAACUGUCGCCUAGCAGCCAGAGUCCAUUCAUCGCUUUUAAAGUAAAACACUCAAAGACAAGAUGUACUCAUUUGCAGAUUUGCCAGAGAGAAGAAGCGAGGCUGUGUAAAAUUAAGGGUGACAUCUUUAUUAGGGUGAUUUUCCUUUUCGUCUCCAGUCAGUCAAUCAUCUUAAGGAGCAAGUAAGUGAGUAUGUUAGCACAUCUGUCGUCUGAAAACUGAAAGAUUCAACAGCAGUUUGAUCAUUACUCAGGCGCACAUCAGAUCAGAGAGCCUGCCAUGAAUAUUCUUGUUUACAUGUGUGUGUGAAUCAUAUUUUGGCCCCCGUGUGACUCCUGAGCGCUGAGCUGCAGCCUGAGCCAGAAUCCAUGUGCCAGGGUGAAAACAUUCAUUACUGAGUGAGAUGGGAUGAUCUGCCUGGCUGUAUGGAAAAAAUCCAAGAUGCCCUGUAAAUUUGGAUUGUACCAAGUGUAACUGCCUGUUUCUGGGUGCCAUGCCUGGUUAGUAACCCUCUGGCACAAUGUGCAUUAUUUUUCUCAUUAACCAAGACCUGGCAAUCUCAUCAUCAGAGCUGAACGGGCAAACUAGUUAAUAUUGCAGUAGCUCUAAAAUAAUAAUUGCACUUUAAAUACAUAGAGCUUUACUUUAUGGUAGAAUCCCAAGCAAGCAUGUGUCAUUUGGCUGAGAGUAGCUGCUGGGGCUGAAUUAGCAAAACUACAAAGCUGCAAUGAUUGCUAGUUACUUCACAUAAUGCAUUUAUAAGGUAUUUAGAGAACCAAAUGCACAAUUGUCAAUGCUACACGCAGAGACCUUUACUACAGAGUAUGUUUGCAAUUACUGAAUGGAUGGGUCUUCUAGAAGAAAAUAAAAAUCUUGACAUUGUUAAUUUGAAAAAUAAUGUUUCAGUGCACUUUUUUUUCCAAAUCAGAGAGAUCUGUCUUAAUUUGGGUCACAAAUUCAAGGAACUCCAUGUAGAGUCUAUUGUCAUGCUAACAGUGGUGUAAUUUUACGUCAGUGUUAGCAUAUACAUGAUAACAUUAGCAUGCUAAAAUACUCAAAGUCAGUGGUAAUCAUUUUCACCGUCUAAUACUGUUUCCAUGUUUUCCUCCACUUAUCUGGGUUCGGGUCACAGAGGCCAUCUGGGUUCGGGUCACUGAUGGUCAUCCGUACAGCUAAGUUUACCAGCUCCUCCUGGGGGUUCCCAAGGUGUUCCCAGGCCAGAUGAGAUAUGUAAUCCCCCCCCCAGCGAAUGCUGGAUCUACCUCAGGGUGUCCUUCCAAAUGCAUGCCGUGAAAGACUCCAAGGGAGGCACACAGGAGGCAUCCUAAUCAGAUGUCUGAACCACCUGAGUUGGCUUCUUUCGAAGCCAAGAAGCAGCGCCACUGGAUGUCCAAAAUCCUCACUCAAUCUCUAAGGCUGAGCCCAGCCACUCUUCGUAUGAAAGCCAUUUCAGCCACUUGUAUCUGCUAUCUCAUUGUUUUGGUCACUACUCAGAGCUCAGGACCAUAAUUGAGGGUGAGAAUGUAGAAAAGUAAAUAGACUGAAAAAUCAAGAACUUCGCUGUUCAAUACAGCUCCAUUUUCAGCAGACGGUUUGAUACAAUGUCCACAUUACUGCACAUUACUACCCCAAUUCAUCUUCGAUUCACAUUCGAAAUACCUCAACUUCUUUGCUUGAGGCAGCGAUUCACCCCCAACCCAGGUGGAAUAAUCUGCUGCCACUGUGUUGCCAGCCUCAUGGUGGUGCUAGAGGAAAAGGCAGAGGAUCAUCAAUGUUAAUAAUCUGGCACUAUCUCAAUGUCUGCACUAAAUUUCCAUCUAUUAGUAGUUUCAGUCCCAGUGGCGGAUCUUCCAUGGGGGCACGGGGGGAGGGGGGGAGUGCCCCGCUUUGUGAUCUGAUUGGCCAGAACCAUGUGCCCCCAAAAUUUUCGUUGGAAAUUUAUCUUACUGAUUGUCAGAUUUCCGACGCUCCUGAACGCAACUUCGUUGUCCGACUGCACCUGAAUGCACCAAUGACGUUAGUUUGAUCUUUUGAUUGUAUUUUGCUUGGAUUUGAAGAAGCUUUGAAGACUUUUCCUGAUGCUGAAGGAAAAGACAGCAGCUUGGUACCUUUGCGGUAAGAAGACUGUGGGCAUUUCUCAGUACCGUAACUGUCUGUACUCGCGUUCUCACGUACUUGUGAAACGUCAUCAUCGAGACUGCAUUGGACCAGACUAGUGUACUUAGAUAAGAAUCAGUAGAUAGGACGCCCCUUUGUGUCCAGGGGAUGGAGGGAGUUUAUUGUUAAACUCUACUCGAAGUUCAUCGUACUUUAUCUCUAUAUAAGUGCAUGUAGAGGACACAUGCACUCACUGAUCAGGUUCAACAUUAAAACCACUGACAGAUGACUUUAUUAACAUUGCCAUCUGGUUACAGCGCAACGUUCUGCUGCAGAAUGUUGAUUCUUGGCUUUUAUGUGAAUAUUAGCUUGGCAAGUACCACCUAUUGUCGACAGAUGACAAGUAAUUUUAAUAACUUUCCUGAAAAACAACAAAAAGCUUAUUGAAAGGCUGCUGGAUACCUAUGCAAAGCCCAACACAUUGUGACCACAGCAACCUCAUAGCGCCUACCUAGGGCCACAACAUGUCAUAAUAAAGUACUCCAAAACAAUAGAGGUGUUUUGCACCAACUAUAUUUUUUUAAGCACCACAUCAUCCAAUUUAACAUUGUUCCAGACAAAACACAACCCUGACAGCAGCGACCUCCAGGGCGAUGCGCCUCACAACACCCCAAAAAACUGCUCAAGAACUGCUUGAGGAACCCGAUGAGGAGCUCAAGGCGUUGACAGACCGAGCUCAGUGGUCAAAUCCACUUUUUUUCAGUUAAAACUUUUAGUGAGUUAAAGCUUUAUCUCCCUCUCCAUAACCUUAAUACAGUUGUUCAUGCUUUUGUUACCACACAGCUAGACUAUUGUAGCUCUUGUAUGUGGGUGUAGAACAGUCGUCCCUUCAGCAUCUCCAGCUGCUUCUCUUCAGAGAAAAUAGAAAACAUGAUCACUCAGCUCCAGCAGUGGCUUCCGUCGCUGGUUUCCUGUCUAUUUCAUGAUUAAUUUUAUUGUUUGUUUUUAAAGUUUUCAAUGGGUUGGCACCAUUUACAAUGCAGAACUCCUACAUUGGCUGACCAGCCAUGUGCUCCUGGGUGUUCCAAGAUCCAGGCUGAAAAAUAGAAGCGAUGGAGUCUUGGCAUUAGCUGCUCCAAAUCUCUGGAACCUUUCUAUGCGAGAGCUGGUCAGACAUAAGUAACUUGUAAAUCACUGCAUAAGACACACUUCCUUUUAUUGGUGUUUGGUUCAAGUAGAGCCUGACACCCAGACUUUUACAUUAUGGUGUUGUAUUUUUUAAAUUUUAAUUAAUAAUUAUAUUUAGUUUUGCCUUUUCGUCAUUGUGUUUCACUGUUUAGAACUGCACAGCUCUUUGCACCUCCUUACACCUGUUGCUUUUUCUAUUUUUCUAUUACUUCUGUGAUUCAUAAACCUUUGAUUACACUUGCUAACUGAUAAUUUGACUUGUAAAACUGCUACUUAUUUAGUGCGACCUAUGGACUGACAACAUUUUAAAACAAAAUCUACAUGGUACUAUUUAUUGUUAUGCACAAAAACACCAAAUCAAAUUCCUUGUAAGUGAAAACCUACUUGGCAAUAAAACCUUUUGAUUGUGAUUUAUGAAUAAAUUUGCCUUUAACUCA